AAACUCUGUCAAAAAAAAAAAAAAAAGAAUGGCAGGAGGACAAGACAAUUAUACAUGGGAUAGAAAUAAGGAUUUCAGCAUCUGUUUUCUCUGAUAGGUCUCAGAGGAUUGAUGGUUAUGAACUGUAGAUCCUCAGAGGAAUGGCAUCUUGGAUUCCCAGGUGAUGCUUCCGGUGAUUUGUUUGUUUGAGACAGGAUCUUGCUUUGCUGCCCAGGCUGGAGUCAGUAGUGCAAUCUCAGCUUACAGAGGCCCGAAAUUCCACACUUAUCUUCCCGUCAUAGAGACGCAGUCUCACUUUGUUGCCCAGGCCCAUCCAGAACUUCUGGUCUCCAGUGAUCCUCCUGCCUUGGCCUCCCAAAGUGCAGGGAUUACAGGCAUGAGCUACCUUGCCCAGCCCUUUCAGGAAAUUAAUGACUUAUAGUCUUUUGUUCCUGCUAGCAAACAUUGGAGUAGAAGGGAGAUGUCCUCUUGCAUUACUAGAUAACCGCAUAAAAGAUUGGCUAGCAUAGCUUCCCAACAGAGGGGCCACAAAUGGAUUACAUAUGUGUUGAAAUAAAUUAUCCCCUCAGCCUAGAGGUGGCUGUACUCCUGUAUAGAUCAUUUCUGGCCGUGAGAAACCUCUUCAGUUAAUGUGCGUGUGCCAAACAGAUGUUACUUUCCGUGCGUGGCCUGACAUGGGAAAGGUUCGGAAGGUAGGCUAGAGCACAGUCUCAAAAUUAGCCUCUGCUCCUUAAAGAGAACUAGGUAAUAGGGUGAAGAGGAAUUAUUUAGGGUAGAGGUUAAAACCUAAUUGUCCAUAAAAAUAAGCUGAUAACCAUAUCUUAAAUGUGCUGUGAUUUGAAAUUCUUACCAACUUCUUUGCUAAAACAAAAGUUAGAAAUUAAAAUAUAUUUCUAAAUGACUUGGCUUGUAACCUCAUUUUAUUGGAUAUUGGAAUAUAGAACAGUUCACAUUAAUGAACUUAGCAUCUUUGUUAGUCUGAAUUUUGACAUUUUAUUGAUUACUAUACUGAUAAGAUACCAGCAGUGCACUAAAUGGAGUAGAUACCCAGAGUAUAUUUUGGUUGAUUAGAUUAGUGUACCAGGAUUUAAUGUCUGUUCUGAAUACCUCUGAGUUUGAUGUAUUCUAAUAGAGUUUUGACACUUGAGUUGCUCCUCUACUUAAAUGUUUUACCUGAGUAGCAUUCUGUUGUCUAAACCUUAUCUCUUAAAAUGUGCUUCUAAAAUAUGUUUUUCCUGAAAUAUUUAUUUUACACUAGGUACAUAAAAUUUAAUAAUUCUGACAUUUAAGGUGGUUAUAACAGUUAUAUAAAUUUUGAAAUAAGCUUAUUGAAAUUGAGUAUUUAUUUGAUGUUUUUAAUAUUGUUUAAUUUUAGGUCUGGUAUAGGAGGAGUUUGAGGGAAAGGAACCGACAUUCACUGAGUGCUUUCCAUUGGCUAGGCCAUGUGAGGUGGUAGGUGGGAUUUGACCCAUUUUGCAGAGAGGAAGCAGAUUCUGGAACUAACUUAGCUUAAGGUCAUAGAAUAAAAUGGUAGAGCUACAACUUUAAGAAAGUUGAUUCUGAAGCCUGUGCUUGGUUCAUUAUGUCAUGUGACCUGCAUCAUGUUUAUUUUGAGUCUAUGGAGGAACAAAUUCCUAUGAAGGCAACUCAUUCUGCUUGGUACGUUUUUGUGUAAAAGAGAGAAGGAAUUCUUCUGGAAGGGUUCAAGGGCAGGUGAUAAAGGCAUUUACUUAGUUCAACCAAAACAAUGUGGAGCAGAGUUGUGAUCACUGUGUCCCUUCCUUUUUAGGUCAGUUGUAGAAUAGUUUGCUAGGAGUUGUGAAAAAAUUGUGAGUAGUUCCAGCUACAGAGGCCUGGGAUCAGGCAUUGCUGGGCAUGUUGGGGAUCGAGUCAUGCUGGCUGAGGAAUAUGUCAGAGCUCUUGGGGUAAAGAGAAAUAGAAACAGAACGAGUAAUGUUCACAACUCUUAUUAUUUAGAAGCAGUUUUUCAAGUUCAACCUUCGGUAAAACCUGGGAUUUCCUAGAAUGCUUAUUAAAUAACAUCAUCCAGGGAAGCAAAAGGAACAAAGGAUAAGGCUUUGUACCUUUUAAUGAAGAGAAAAGGAAUUUCUGCCACUGUUUAUGGUGCUUUCUUAAGGAUCUUUACCCAGAAUUUGGGAUUUCUGUGGAAAUAGUUCUUUUGAAAUUUUGAAGGUUCUAAACUUACUUGUUACUGACUUAAUGGUUUUCACGAUGUAGGGCAACAUUCGGAAUGAUGUUUGUGCUUAAGAAAUAGGUUGUCUUGAGGUAGCGGUGGCACACCUAGAUUUGAGUUAUUAAAAUAUUGUUGUGAUACAGAAAGAUCCAGUCCAAAGGACAAUGGUGGCUUAGUUGAAGAUAAAUAUCAAGUCUUUAUUGUCACUACUUCUGUUGUGGAGGGAAUAGUAUAGUCGUUGGAUAGCUUUGAAUCCUCCUGGGUAAAACCUCUUGAAGUUUCUUUUUCAUCCUUACUUGUCCUAAACAACAGGUCAGUCACUGAGUCAGGUCAGUGAGUUGUUUGGCGGGUAUGAAGGAUGCUGCAUUACUGAUACUGCUCGCUCUGUAAGUGGUGUUCUGGAUAUCUGUUGCUGCAUAACAAAUAGCCAUACAUCCUAGAAGCCUAAAACAACUGUUUUAUUUUGCUUAUAAUUUUGUGGGUCAAGAAUUCAGGAAGAACUUGGCUGGAAUUGCAUCAGGUGAAGAAUGUGGGCUCACAGAGUUACCAGACAUGUGCGUUAAGAAGACACUUUGGAAGAGGAUGUUCUAGAGUCUUCUUAACUCACCUGUUCAGUACCUCUGUGGUCUGUGGCGUCUCUGUCCCCCAGUAGUGUCAUAAUCUCCCCAGUCUUCCUACACAUGGUUUGGGCUUUUCUCAGCAUGCUGGUCUCUGGGUAGUUAGACUUCUUCCGUGGCAGCUGGCUUUCCUAAGAGCAAGCAUUUCAAGCAAUAGCAAGAGGGAGCUGUACAUUUCUUAAGGCCUGUACUUGCAGGUUGACAUAGAAUCACUUCUGCCAUAAUCACUCUGUCGAAGCAGUCACAGAGCCUGCCCAUAUUCGGAGAAUGAGGAUAUAGACCCUGUCUAUCAUGGGAAGAAUGUCAAAGAAUUUGUGGCCAUCUUUAAUCUACCACAGGGUCAUUAAGCAGAAAGGAGAGGAUUGUUAGGAGAAAUGCUUGAACUGACUUCACCAGCAAAUAUAAGUCUGACUUACCUAAUGACUCGGAAGAGACUGGUUGUCAGAAAUAAGAAAGGGAUAGAGGCAAAAGAGAGCCUCUAGAAGGAGGAAAGUGGAAAAAAUUUUCAUGGGAAAGUAGAAAGGCAACCAAAUCAUAAUUGUCUUUCCUGCCUUGGAUCUGGAGUCUCGGUUCUAUGGUCUUGGCCUUGAGUCCCAGGACAGCACUUCUGACCAUUUUGAAUUUGGUGCUCAUGACUGGUCUCCUCCCCACUGUUUGGACCUCUGCUUGGUUUCCCAAGCUCUGCAUUGCUCCCCGUUUGACACUGAGUACCUCCUGUUGCUAUCUUUACGAGAACCUUCCUGUGGCCCUGUUCCCUGGGAGCGUACCACCCACUCUUGGCUGCACUUGGGCUGCUUUGGCAUGUUGGCACUUGCUUCUUGCAGUUUGAUUUCUUCUUUUCUGGAUUACAUUUUGGCUCAGUUCUUGCUAUCUUUUUGUGACUUCACCAACUCCUCCCCCUAAUAAUUUCAGGGGACUCAAGUUAGAAGAGACUUCUGAACUUUUAGUAUAGAACAGGCUUGUGAACAUGCAGCUGAGAGGAUUUAUGGUGUACAGAAGAUUAUAUGUCUUGCUCUUAAGCAUCUAAAAAUAUUUCAUUUGGAAGGUAACUUAGGUCCUUCUGGAAUAUACUUUUACUUAUAUGUACUGGAAUGUUUAUAGAAUUUUUAUGAUGAUACUGCCCUAUCCUCCAGUUUUAAGAGGAAUAACACUUUUACUAUUGAUACUUUCGUGGUAUAUGUGUGUUUUAAUAACUGCUGCAAAAUUUGAAAAUUUUCAUUGUAAUAUUAAAAAUCUAUAGAGUCAUGACCUUGGAUUUUGAUUUAACUUUCCACUAAUGCUUAAAAAUUUAGAAUAAGUUCAUUUUCUUAGGACAACUUUAUAAUAUUAGUAUCUUUAAAUUUAAAAUGCUUUAAUUUUUAUCAUAAAAUAAAUAAUGCUUUUUGGAAAACUUUAAACAGUAUAGUGGCAGGUAUGUAAUACAUAUAUAAACUCAGAGACACAUAGCAUGUUAUCUUUUUGAAACAAAAGAUUUAGUCUCCUGGACGACUGCUUUGCAACAAUCUGUGCCUUGAAACACUCUAUGAGUUUAAUUUCGAGCUCUAUCACUUGCUGAUUUAGCAAGUUAUAUUACUGCUCUCUGCCUCAUUUUCCUCAUCUGUAAAACAGGCCAAAUAAUGGGGACUGUGGAGGAUUAAACAGCGCCUGUAUAUAGCACACUGUAUAUACUAUAUAAGUGUUAACUAAUGAAAAUGAACUGCUUAAAAAACAUAGAUGUUUCCUUAUGGGUUGCUAAUAUUUUUAGAGUGUUGCACUUUAAAAAUUGUGUAGAGUGGUGGUUUCUGAGUUUCACUGUUGUAGCAGCAUGUUUGUCUCUAAUGAUCUUGAACAGCGAUUCCCGUACUUCCCACGCUCUUGUUGCAGUGGGUUGCUGUUACUGAUGGACAAUGCGGUAGGAAUGUGUUUGCAUCUCUGGGAUAAUGGGAGGCAGGAAAACACCUCAAAACCGCUGGUUUAGAAAAUUAUCCUAUAUUAGCAGUUAAUCUUUUUGUUAAGCCUUUUAAGAGACUUAGGCAGAAAGUAGAAUUGGAAGGAUUUUAUUUAUGGGGGAGGAUGAUAUGAUUGUUUCAUCUCGCUUUUGCCAGUACUUAAGUUCCGUAAAUUAUUUUGUUUUGAGGCAGGAUCUUGGUCUGUCACCCAGGCUGGAGUGCAGUGGUGUGAUCUUGGCUCACUGCAGCCUUGACUUACUGGGCUCAAGGGAUUCUCUGCCUCAGCCUCCAGAGUAGCUGGGACCACAGGUGUGCACCACCAUGCCCGCCUAAUAUUUAUUUUAAUUUUUAGUAGAGAUGGGGUUUCCCUGUGUUGCCCAGGCUGGUCUCAAACUCCUAGGCUCAAGCAGUCCUCCCACCUGGGCCUCCCAAAGUGCUGGGAUUACAGGUGUGAACUACUGCGCCCAGCAUGUUCUUUUAAUAAUUUUAUAAAUAGAGGGAACAUGGUCAUCACCUGCUCUUCAUUUUACACUAAAGAACUAGGACCCAGAAUGGUAGUGAUGUUCUCUCUUCUGUAGCUAGUAAUGGUAGACCCAGAACUAGAAUCCCAGUCACCUGAUCCUCACCUUUCUGACAUCUUGAGAAGAUAAAGAGCCUUUUCUUCCAACUGAAACAACUGGUGAAUAAUGGAUGCACUAUAAACGGCUUACCUGUCAGUACUGUCUGCUUAAACUAUUCUGUGUAGAGACAGUGAUGAAGUUGUGUCAUGAGCAGUCAUGUAUGAUGUUUUGUCCAAAAAUUUAGAAUUCCAGACUUGUUGGCAGGCCUCGAAUAUCAAAUAUCCUCUAUUAUGAGAUUGUAUGCAUACUAAGAUGAUGUUGAAGGUCAGUGGCUGGGUAUAAAUAACAUUAUAUUCAGUGUGGAUGUGCUUUUGUUUUAAGAACUCCUUGUCUUGUGAACAUUACCUGAAAAGAAUCAUGUGUAACUAGGCUUCUUUAGACACAGAACUUCCUGGGUUUCUACUCCAGUCUCUCUUGAUAAAGGACCAGCCUGCUCUUCCUUUCAGAAGUAUAGCACAGGCUAAACCACUGUUGGCUUCUAGAUCACUUAGAUGCCUUUGUGUGCCUUUGGUUCUCAUCUGGUUUUCAGGAGAGUUAAAGGUUUAGGUGGUUUUUGGAGGAAGAUUUGAGUCCAAGGCACGUUUUAGAGGCUGGGGUUCUUCCCACCCUCUCCACGGCCCAGCCUAUGUGAUAGCUUUUAUCUUCUGGCGAAUGGCUCUAGCUCAGGAGAGGAUAGAGCUUCUUCAUCUCCUCCAGACAAGGGGGCCCUCCUGCCAACUUGAAGAAUUUGUGGCUGAGGUGAGAACAGGGACAGAGGAAGAUUCUGAAGCCAUAGCUGAAGAGGAGGCAGUGAAAGGAGCCUAGUUAGUACCAGCCUCUGGGCUGAGAGCUGAGACACUGGUCAGGAGUGAAAGAAUCCAAACAAACUGGAGAAAUUUGCUGAAGGACAGGAUAUCUUGGUUUGAGGAAAUUUUACAAUCUGAGUAAAAGAUGAGUUUCACUUAAGAGACUCCAAAUCACGCUGCUGUGGCCAAGUGUAACAAUGUAAGAAAUAAAUUACAUGGCUUCCUUUUCCGUGACAUCACCUUGAAGUGUAAUUGGAUGUAUUAAAAACCGUUAUAAAUUCCCAGAUUUAACUUUUUGAGCUUUCGCAAGUGUCUAUCCUUAUCAGCCUUUCUCUCAAGUACCAGCAUUUAAGAUUAAAAAAAUAAAAGAAAAAACUUUGGUUUAAUAUUUUUGUGUUUUGCUGAAUAGAUACUAUAUUCAGAGCCUAAAAAUAUUUUUAUUGACUGGUUUUAUUGUGUGAGCAUAUGUAUAAGUAUGUGUGUGUAUAUGAGUAUUUCAGCUAUAUUAUGUCAUUUAGGGCUUUGGAGACAAUCCUGGAAACGUUUAAUACUGUUUCCAUGGGAAAUGUGUUUAUCGUAUAGAUAAACUUUUGAAUCUCAUCUAUCUAUAAAUUGAAACUGCCUUUUAUAAUAAGAUGGUCCCCCUAAAGAUGAUUAAAAAAUGGUUUUCGGAUUAUCUGUAGUAUUCUUUUAUUUGUACAGUUCUGUUCUAUUCUUAACAAUAAUUGAGAGUUUAAUUUAAAGCCAGUGUUUUUCAUUCUAUUUUAUAUUUGUCCUGGGUACAGUAAAGGUUCUUAAUUUGGAUGAAGCAUGUAUAAACAGAGUGAAUAUUCCCCAAAGCAGUGCCAUUUAUUGGCUUCAGAAUCACAAUACCCUAUCCUCUGUAUCUUUCUAGGCUUCAAGUGUUUAUCUGGUGUGACUGCAGUACGCCCGCAGAGAGCACUGUAUGUUGCCCAGGCUGUCCUCAGACUCUAGGCUCGAGUGAUUCUUCUGCCUCAGCCUCCCAAGUUGCUGGGAUUACAGAUGCAGUCACUGCCACACUUGGCAGUGUGCCGGUCCAACAAAAGCCCUUGGGUCUGUUUGACUUGUUCAAGUGUCCACUGUGGAAGGUAUGUGAAUGGCCAUGCAAAAAAACAUUAUGAAGAUGCACAAGUACCCUUAACCAACCAUAAGAAAUCAGAAAAGCAGGAUAAAGCUCAGCACACAGUAUGUAUGGAUUGCAGUAGCUACAGUACAUACUGUUAUCGCUGUGAUGAUUUUGUGGUUAAUGACACCAAGCUGGGACUGGUACAGAAAGUCAGAGAACACUUACAAAACUUGGAAAACUCAGCUUUCACAGCUGACAGGCAUAGAAAAAGAAAACUUUUGGAAAACUCAACACUAAACAGCAAGUUAUUAAAAGUAAAUGGAAGCACCACUGCCAUUUGUGCCACAGGCCUUCGGAAUUUGGGGAACACGUGUUUCAUGAAUGCCAUUCUGCAGUCACUCAGUAACAUUGAGCAGUUUUGCUGUUAUUUCAAAGAACUGCCUGCUGUGGAGUUAAGGAAUGGGAAAACAGCAGGAAGACGAACAUACCACACCAGGAGCCAAGGGGACAACAAUGUGUCUUUGGUAGAAGAGUUUAGAAAGACACUCUGUGCUUUAUGGCAAGGCAGCCAGACUGCAUUUAGCCCAGAGUCCUUAUUUUAUGUUGUUUGGAAGAUUAUGCCAAACUUUAGGGGCUAUCAGCAGCAGGAUGCCCAUGAAUUCAUGCGCUACCUUUUGGACCAUCUACACUUGGAACUCCAGGGCGGCUUCAAUGGCGUUUCCCGCUCCGCAAUUCUGCAGGAGAAUUCUACUCUGUCUGCAAGUAACAAGUGUUGCAUAAAUGGAGCAUCUACUGUUGUCACGGCUAUAUUCGGAGGCAUUCUCCAAAAUGAGGUUAACUGCCUCAUAUGUGGGACAGAAUCUAGAAAGUUUGAUCCAUUCCUAGACCUUUCAUUAGAUAUUCCAAGUCAGUUCAGAAGUAAACGCUCUAAGAAUCAAGAAAAUGGACCAGUUUGUUCAUUACGAGAUUGUCUUCGCAGUUUUACUGACUUAGAAGAACUCGAUGAGACAGAGUUAUAUAUGUGCCAUAAAUGCAAAAAGAAACAAAAGUCCACAAAAAAGUUUUGGAUUCAAAAACUACCCAAGGUGCUAUGCUUACAUUUGAAAAGAUUUCAUUGGACAGCAUAUUUAAGAAAUAAAGUUGAUACAUAUGUAGAGUUUCCACUGAGAGGCCUGGACAUGAAAUGCUACUUACUAGAGCCCGAGAACAGUGGCCCAGAGAGCUGCCUGUACGACCUCGCCGCUGUGGUGGUGCACCAUGGUUCCGGGGUUGGUUCUGGACAUUACACAGCAUACGCAACUCACGAAGGCCGCUGGUUCCACUUCAAUGACAGUACUGUAACACUGACUGAUGAGGAGACUGUGGUGAAGGCAAAGGCCUACAUCCUUUUCUACGUGGAACGCCAGGCCAGAGCUGGAUCAGAUAAACUUUAAUACCUCCUCCUAAUCAUCAUUCAUCAACCAUACCAGAGAAACAUUUCCAGUUUUCCACAAAUACUUGAUCCAAGAUUUAAUUUCAUUAUGCACUUUUCAAUUUCCUAUUUUGGGUUUAGUUUUGUCAAUGGUAGUGACUUACUGAACAUGGGCACCAACUAAUUUUGUUGUUGUUCUACCAGAAAACCUCAGCAGAUGUUUUGAUUUGCUGCUUUAGUUGUAAUAAUUCAAUUUUUAUAUGUAGUUUUAAGAACUUAGUCUUAUUUGACUUUUUUAUGUUAAUGUUUUCAGUUCUCACUUUGAGGCACAUUUACAUCAAUGCUUUUGUUACUCACACUUUUCACAGCUGUAGUGGAGAUCACGUUGACUCUAAAUCAAGGAUCAUGUGUGCACUUAACUUGUUGCCCACAAAAUUUCACAGUGACUGCUGAGCAAUCCUCCUUUUUGCCUGUAAAAGAUAACAAAGGGCAUCAUUAAGUAGACCAGGUAAUUACUGCUUGUUUCAAGGCUGCUGUUUAUCAGCACUAACUAAAUAAAUUUGUUGGUUCAGUUGUACCUGUCCUGCAAAUAC